UGUACGUUCGCCGGCUUCGUGCAUUAUAUGUAGCAUCAACCUAGACCAUAUAUUCUUCUCUUAAUACUGUUAUGCACCAGAAAAGGUCUGAAGAAUAUAUGUGGCAGCUCCGAAUGAAAAUGAGGCAGAUGUACCAGAACCAAUUAAACAAAGGGAGGUGUGGUUUACCAGCUGGCAUGUGAGUAACAUAAACAUGAAUAUUAAUCUAUUAAAGUAAGACCACCAAUUAAGAUGGAAGAAAGGCAGUAUUCAUCUCUGACGGCUCCUAUGGAUUAUCUUCAGUACUGGUACCAAACGAAUCAGGAGUUUCAACCACAGCAGGUGCCGCAGUACCACCAGGUGGUUAACAAUGCCCAAUACACUGAAAGACCCAUGGAGGACAAAGUCAUGACUGAUUUAGCAGUACAUCAAGAUCCAUAUCCAGAUCAAACUCAACAGCCCAAUCAAGUCUUUGUCCAGCCACCAGAUAUGGCCUUGCCACCAGCACCUCCGACAAUACCAUCAAAAGGAAAGAAAAGAGGGCGGCCUCCAAAAGGGGAAGGAAAGGAGCAGGCGCAGGCUGAAGACUCUCCAAAGAAAGCGAAGAGAACACUAGAUAGAUUCAAUGGAAUGUCAGUUGAAGAAGUCAUGGCUAGAAAGCUGCCAGACGUUAUCACCCAUAAUCUUGACAUUCUGAUUAUUGGAAUCAAUCCUGGACUGUUGUCAGCCUACAAGGGAAGGCACUACCCAAAUCCUGGGAACCAUUUUUGGAAGUGCUUGUUUCUUUCUGGGUUGACUGAUGAACAGCUCAAUCACAUGCACGAUCAGACUUUGCCUGAUAGGUACAGCAUUGGUUUCACCAAUAUGGUGGAGCGGACUACACCAGGAAGUAAAGACCUAACAAACAAAGAGAUCCGUGAAGGUGGACACCAACUUUUGGAAAAGCUUCAGAAGUACAGACCAUUAAUUGCUGCCUUCAAUGGUAAAGGUAUUUAUGAAAUAUUUUGCAAGGAGAUUUUUGGAGUGAAGGCCAAGAACUUAGAAUUUGGAUUGCAGCCUUACAAAGUGCCAGACACCGAGACGGUUUGCUACCUGAUGCCAUCAUCAAGCCCACGUUGUGCCCAGUUCCCUCGUGCUCAGGACAAAGUGCACUUCUACAUUAAGCUAAAAGAAGUCAGGGAUCAGAUGAAGGGAAUGGUCAAGACUCAGGAAGUCCAAGAGACAAAAUAUUCUUUUGAUCUGGAUCUGGCCAAAGAGGAUGCCAAAAGAUUUGCAAUCAAAGAGGAACAGCAUGACCCUGGGUAUGAGGAGACUUGUGGCCAUAGAUCAUGGGGGGAACCACAGCAAGUGUUUGGCGUUCAUUCUUCUAACGGUACAGGUAACGGACAACCGAUGGACAAUGCAGCCAUUUGCGGACUAAAUUCCAGACAUCAGAUGUAGCAGCAACAAUGGAACAACCUGAGAAAGUGGUUAUUGGAGAAAGACUUAUGUUAUGUGCUUGUCUACACCGCAUGUACAGAGGAGGACCAACAAGAUCAUUGAUAUUUGAUAUUUUAUGUUUGUUUAUGUGUGCUUUCAAAUUUGUGUUUGGAGGAACAAAGCUGGGAACUUGAAAGCUGAAUUGAACAUGAAUUGUCUGAUUGACAGAGUUGGGAGGGUUACUUUUGAAAUGUAUUCCACUACAGAUUACAGAAUAUAUGCUGUAAAAUGUAAUUUGUAACGUAUUCUAUUAGAUUACUCAAGGUUAGUAAUGUAUAAUAAAUAAUUUAGAUUACUUCUUCCGCACUGGUAGAUUUUUUUUUUCACUUGUUUUGACUAUAAAAACCCAGUACAGUAAGACAAAAUACAUUCUCUGAAAAAACUAAAUAUCUUAUGAAGUGCUGUUUCUAAAACAACAUAAAUCAAACUAAUCUUAUUUUAAGGAUUUUUAGAUAUUUUUACAGGAAAACAAUACAAGAAUUUUCACUAAUAUGAUUUUGCUGUAAUAUCAAAGGUCUUACUAGAAAAAAAGAAAUUAUGAUCCAACAUGAAUUUUCUUGAUAAAAAAAUAUGAUCGUACCUGGUAACGUGCAUGUAAAAUGGCUAGAAAUAGCAUUUGAACUAAAUUGGUUUAUUUCUAUUUCAUGUGCUCCAAACUUGCUUCUCUCGCUGCUCAUAUGAAUGUAACUCAUCAUAAGAAAGUGUUUCACCGCUGUUCAAAUGCACUUUGCAUUGCAUCAUUUAAAUGUAAAAUCUGAAAGGACUAAAUAUUAAAUAAAAUAAAUGACAACAAAAUUCAAAGUAAUCUCUUCAGUAAUCAAAAUACUUUUUGAAUGUAACUGUAUUCUAAUUACCAAUUAUAUAAAUUGUAACUGUAGGGGAAUACAGUUACUUAUAUUUCGUAUUUUCAAUACGUAAUCCUGUUACAUGUAUUCCAUUGCUCCCCAACCCUGCUGAUGGAGACAUUUGUUCAUUUUGUGCCUCUCUAUCCUUUUACUUCAAACAUUACAAGUUAAAUUACCCUGUUUUAUUUGACACAGUUCCACAUUUACUAAAUGUAUACAUUAUGUCUAUGGUACUGAAAUUAUUCUUGGAUGGAAAGGAUCUCCUAAAAUUUGCACAAAGCGACUGUCACUGCAACAAAUCCCUAAUGCAAUCCACUGUUGGACUCUAGAAGUAGUAGUCUUCUAGAGCGAUAUCACUGUGCAUGACCUCCAUGCAUGGUUUUGAUGUAGUAUUGCAGAUGGCAUGCUCAGAUCUUUAUUAUGGUGCUUAUUUAACACUUAAUCACUCAAUUUACCUCAAUUUGAAUGGUAUUUUUAGGCUUUUUAGAAUUGUGUUUUAUUGUAAUUGACGUAACCACUGUGCAUAUCUGUUUAUGUGUAAUAAUUGUGUUUUGUACCAUUUGUACAUGUGAUGUUAUCUCAUAAUAACAAUCUGGCAUUGUUGCUGUGAGAAUGAAUGGUGUAUCAUGUAUGUCAUUUUGUAAGUUGCAUUGUUUUUUUUGUUUGUUUUUUAAUACGUUGGUAUUAGCCUACUGAUGGAUUGUUUUGGAAAAUAAAAGCAAUUGGU